AUGGAUGCAUCAUUUCAUAUCACCGACCUCACCAUCACCCUCUCCGACACCCGACGCUCUAUCUCCGUCUCUCUUCACAAUGACGACCCUGUGACCCUGAAACUCCCCGCACGCGUCACCCAAACCUCCCACCGCAUCCUCCACCUCCACCCCAGCACCCUCCCCCAGACACAACCAGGUGCCAAACAAGGCCAAUACUCGUUCCGAAUGCAGGUCGACGAAACAGACAAUGACAAUGCCGCUCUCUUCAAGGUUGAUGAUACCUUGGAUGGGUUUGUUCCCUGGACGGCGACGGAUAUGUCCCCUGCGACGAGGUUACGGUGCUUGGCGUGCGGGGAGGGGGUUCUGGAUGAGGGGAAAGUGUGGAAGGAUCUGCCGAGUGGGAAUUGGGCUGAGAUGAUGGAUUUCUGGCAUUGUCAUAAGCCGGAUCUUCCUAAGGAGGCAGAAAAGAGUGAGGGGGAUGGGGAGGACCCGAAUGCGCUGGUGAAGGGGUAUGGGGCUGCGAAUCAGGUGGUUGCGAUGGAGGGGUCGGUGUUGGUGGAUAUCCCCAACGAAGACACCACCCCAACGACCACCACCAUCAACUGCUCAACCUGCUCCACCCAACUCGGAAUCCACGACCCCAUCACCACCGGCCACCGACUCUUCAAAACCCGCCUCUCCGCCUCCUCCACCUCCUCCACCUCCACCUCCCCAGACGAACCCACCACCACCACAACAACAACCUGGUCCCACCACCCCCCCGAGACCAUAAUAUCCGCCCAACUCCUCGAACUCAUCGAACGCGAAAGCACCCGCAGAUUCAUCCUCCACCACGACCACAAAACCGGCCUUCUCAUAUGGAUCUUCAACCCAACUCUCCACUACUCCAACUCCACCCCGACGCACAGCAUCUCCUCCCAACGCGCCAUGAAAGUGUUCUUCCGGGACUUGACCGAGGGUGAAAUCGAGGACAUGUUGCAUCCGCAACGAGGAAGCGUAUCUUCGUUGGCGGUGGAGGAGGUGAGAUUGUUGAGGGAGGAGUUUCUGGGGUUUAGGGAUGUGUUGCGGGGAAGUAAUGGGUUGUUGCCGGUUGAGGCGAGGGUGUUUAGGGAGUGGAGGGUGGGGUUGGUGGGGAGGUUUGAGAGGAAUUAUUAG